UCGAAACUGAAUGUAGGCGCCCUAUAGGCUAACCGAAAGCUCAAAACUUUUGUGCAGGUGAAUUCGAAACAAAAAAACAUACAAGAUAAUACGCGCAACCAAGUAAGCGGAAGGUCUCGACAAUCAAAACUGUCAAAGAAAGUUAAUAUGCCUUCCAGAAUGGACGAUGUUAUGCGUCUAUGCUGUAAUCUAUCAGCAAAUCAGCAGAUAAAAGUUGCAGUGAAGAAUUCGGGCAUAGGUGCUGCCGUUGCUGGGGGGACUGCAUUCAUUGGAGGACUACUAGCAGGCCCCCCAGGACUUGCCGCAGGAGGUGCUGUGGGGGGUCUCCUUGGUUGCUGGAUGACCAGAGGGCAGUUUAAGCCACUGCCACAGAUCAUUUUGGAGCUGCCAUCUCACCAGCAGCAGAAACUCUACUCUGACAUCAUGUCGGCGCUCGGCACAUUGGACUGGACAGACCUAGCGCAGCUGACAGCUCUGGUCAUGGGUAACGCCACACUCCAGCAGCAGGUGGCUGCAGCGCUGCUCAGCUACGUCAAGAAGGAGCUAAGAGCUGAGGUGCGAUAUGGAGAUUGACCAGCAGGGGACAGCACAGGCGGAGAUGAACAUAACUGACAUACUUACCAGUCAAAAUGUGACAAUGAUCUCACAGAACAGUUUAAGAUUGCUUAUAUGAAGGAAAAAGAAUGCAGCUAUUUGUGAAAUAGCGUUUUUUCACCAAAAUGCCUUAUUUGAUGUUCUCUUCUACAUAUCCAUGUUCAUAAAUAACUGUGUCCCAUAAAGUGCAUGGAACAGUCCUGUUGGAAACUAAGGAACAGAGGUUUGUCUCUUUGGAAAAUGUCAUAAGAGAACAGGUAUCAGCUGUUAGCUUCAUAGUGUCAUGAUAUGAUUUUUAAGGUCCCAUAAGAAUAGUAUACAAAAGAAUUUGGCUGUAUCCACAGUCAAACCAGUGCCUCACACUUCACCAACACCAGGUGUAUAUUAUCCACAAUAAA